AUGCUGACCUGGAGCAGCUCUCAAACUCAGAAGAUCAAAUCCAUUUCCUCCAGGUGACAUCUCUAAAUUAGGUGUCCCCCAAAAUACUCUGUAAUGGCUAUCUCUGACUAGACUUAUUUCUCAGUGAAAUGAGCUUGAUCUAAAGUAAAAUUAGUUUUUCAAACAUUUCCCUCUGUAGAGUUUCCAGUCUCUCUACUGGAUCUGAGGCCUGUCUAUCCAUACAUCUCCUAAAGGACAAACAUUUUCACAGACGCUCUUAUCCGAAACAACUUCCAGGAGCAACUACGGUUAAGCGCCUUGCUUAAGGGCAUAUCAUCAGAUUUUUCACCUAGUCUGCUCAGGGAUUUGAACCAGCAACCUUCCGGUUAUUGGCACAACUCUCUUAACUUCUUGGCUACCUGCCACCCUACAGUUCCAAGUGAAACUCUACACACCCAGUGAAAGUCUACAUAUCCCUUGCAGUGUAAAUACACAUACAUCACUGCUUAACAUUUUAUUUAAAAAAUGAUUAAACUGGAUUCCCAGUUUGUAAUAAAUUGGCAAAAAAAAAUCUAAAUUCUGUUUUUGCUUUGUCAUUAUGGGGUAUUGUGUGUAGAUUGAUGAGGAUUUUUAUUUAUUUAAUCAAUUUUAGAAUAAGGCUGUAACGUAACAAAAUGUGGAAAAAGUCAAGGGGUCUGAAAACUUUCCGAAUUCACUGUAUAUGAAACCGAUUAGCAAGGCAUAUCGGUUUAUCCUUCCUGCAGUAUUAUGUAAAAAGCAUACAUGACCGUUCCUGCAUGUACAAAACCCUCUCACAGACCUUCUUACAGGCUUUCAACUUAACAUACUUAGGGCAACAUUUUCAUAGGACAAAAUAAUUGUGCAAAGUGCAAAAAUGACCAUACACACAAUCAUAUUCUGACAGCUUGAUUUAAUUUGAGACAAUUCUUCAACAAUGUGCGUUAUAAGAUGAGUCGGUCUGUCUCCAUAGUGACUGAUGUUCAGAUGGAACGCCCUGUUGAGCCCAAGACCAGAGAGGAGUUAUUAGAAUGUGAGUAAAUUGAAGCACACACACACACAUUCAUUUUCAAUAUCUUUAUUUCUCCUCUUCUUAGACUCUUGCCAGCUGACAUUGGAUCCCAAUACAGUAAAUUAAUUUGUGUCUGUCUGCGGGGUACAGAAAAGUGACCACAAAUGUUCCUAUUCGGACCAUCCAGUCAGAUUGAUCAACCACCCCCAGGUGCUGUGUAGAGAGGGUCUGUCUUGUGCCUGCUUCUACUGGGAGGUAGAGUGGAGUGGGCAAUCCGCUAAUAUAGCAUUGUCAAAUGAAGAGAGCAUGAAA